GCCUGUUGGGCGAAUUCCUCCUUUGCGCAUUAAAAUAAAAUCCAGAAACCGCGAAGCUCAAUCUAUUUUCAGGCUGUGAGCCUACAGAUACUUCUACGCGCAUAUUAGCUCCCCGACACACCUCAGCAUCACCGUCCAUAAUGUCCGAGGAAGACAAGAAUACAGCCAACAGACUCUCCGCAGGGCCAGCCAGCCCCAAACCGGAGUCGCCAACCACGGCGCGUCCGCUGGAUUUCGAUGAUGAAGCCCAGGAGACUGGCGUCAUCUCGACCUUCCCCUCAGCUCCCCCAGCCCAGCCGCGCGCCGCGGAAGCUGCCCCGCCAAAGCCCCCGCGCCCCGUCAGCCCCCGACAGCAGGCCGAGACCACUCUCAAAGAAGCUUUCCCCUCGAUCGACAUCGGAGUGGUGAGAGCAGUGCUGGUAGCAAGCAACUGGGAUGUAGAACGGGCUUUCCAUGCCCUUUUGGGGAUGACCGAUCCCAAUGCCGCGGAACAAGACGCACCCCCACCGAAGCCACCCCGUCCGUCGGCCGCCCAGAGACAGCUCGAGCAAGAUGAGAUGUACGCCCGCCAGCUUGCCGAACACUACAACCGCCGCGCGGCACCGCAACCCCGGUAUGAGGACGAACAUGCGUACCGGCGACGAGGCGGGAACGAGGAGGCGGAAGAGAAGGAAUACAGUUUCUUCGAUGACGACUUGCCCGUCAUUCGUGAGAAUAUUCGCAAGGGCUUCCUGGACACUCAGUCAAAGGUGAACUCGUGGGUGGCCAACCUGAAGAAGAAGCUUGAUGGAGAGGAGCCCGAAGACAGUGGCCCGGCGGCAGCCCAGACUCAGCGCGAAGAUCCCUUCGGCCGUCCGCGUCGGAGCGGCGACAUGGGUCGUCGCAGUGGAGACCGUGAGCGGUACGAUGCGGACCAUCGCGUCUUGAGCGACGACUUCUCCGCUCUUGAACUGAGGGACUCAGAAGCUCCUCCCGCGCGUCCUCCCCGCCCGCUCGCCAACCCUAACCUGUACAAAACCUCCUCGCCCUCCCCCGACAGACGCAAGGUUGCCUUCCAGGACGGACCACCUACGGAGAUCGAUAACCUAUACGAUGCGUCCGAGCCGAUCAGACGGGCCUCGCCCGCGACGGGCAAAUCCAGUAAAUGGCAGCCCUUGUCCACCGUGGAGCCCUCCCCAGUGGGAGAACACGAUCCAUUCAGUCUAGGCGAUAGCGAAGACGAGAAAGACACCACCACGAAAGCGAAGGAACCUACCACGGAGGGUCCUUCUAAGGCUGCGACAGUCGAGACCGUGCCCGACGCGGCAUCAAAGGACAGCACAGGCGGUGCCAGCAAGUCGUAGCGGGGGAUAGGGGUGCUCUCUUUCAUUUACCUUCCGAAUAGUUUCCGCGGGCCUAUGUGGUUGUACACUGUGAUAUGAUUUCUACAGCAAGAGAACCGUGUCAUUUGUCCUUCCGGCCAGAAAUCAUGAUACCAGAGACUGCGAUCCAAACGAAUUUUAAAUUUGAAUUACGAGCCGAUCUAUUGGCAUUUAAGCGUUAGCUUCGCAUUACAAUACUAUCAAGCAGCCUC